AUGUCAGUAAGAUCAAUAGCAGAACGUCAAACACCGUCUUCAAAACUUGCACUUAAAGGAUCAUCCAAGAUAGUUUGUGAUUAUUUUGAAUUUGCUUUGAAUUCAAUAUUAUAUCAACGAGGUAUUUAUCCACAAGAAGAUUUCGUCACUGUACGUAAAUAUGAUUUACCAAUGGUUAUUAGCGAUGAUUAUGAAGUUCAACAAUAUAUUAAAAAUAUCAUGAAACAAAUUAAAAAAUGGGUUUAUGGCUCACAAAUCAAUAAAUUUGUUAUUGUUAUCGUAUCAAAAUCUGAUUUAGAAAAUAUUGAACGAUGGGAAUUUAAUGUUGAAACAAAAGAAAUAGAAACUGGGGAAUCAAAUAGUACUGAAGAGGAAGAAAAACCACGUCUGGAGAUUCAAAAAGAAAUAAGAGCUAUUAUUCGACAAAUUACUAGUCUGGUUUCAUAUUUACCAGUAUUGAAAGAUGACGAGUAUACAUUUAAUGUUUUGGUAUAUACAGAUCCUACUACUACAAUUCCAAUUGAAUGGAGUGAUACUCAAGGUGAUGGACGUAUACUAAGUGGUGAUAAUGUCGAUAAUGUUGCAUUCACUUCAUUCAGUACUGAUAUCCAUAAAGUAGGUACAUCAGUUAGUUAUAAAUAUGAUUAG